CUCCCGGCGACUUCCUGAUUUGCAGAAGGUGCAGGAGCCGCAGCGGGCGGCCCCGGUCGCAGGAACUGAAAGGCCUCAGCUUUGGUGGCGGCUACCGGCGGAGACGGGGGCGGCGGCCACGCCGCCGCUGCUGUCACAGAAAGGCUCUGGUGGGUGGGGUGGGAGGCGGGGAAGUGCCGGGGGCGCAGCCAACAUGGGCCCGCCGCCGCCGCUGCUGCUGUGAGCAGCCUCCUUCCCGGUGGGGCCGCCGGCGUGGGCGGGGGCGGCGCGACCCUCGCGCGGCCGGGCUGCGGGCUUCCAGGCCAGCGCGCGGGGGCCGGACGGACAGCCCCACACCGACAUGUAACCAUGGACUGCAGGAUCAAGGCAAAUCCAGACAGAACCUUUGACUUGGUGUUGAAAGUGAAAUGUCAUGCCUCUGAAAAUGAAGAUCCUGUGGUAUUGUGGAAAUUCCCAGAGGACUUUGGAGACCAGGAAAUACUACAGAGUGUGCCAAAGUUCUGUUUUCCCUUUGACGUUGAAAGGGUGUCUCAGAAUCAAGUUGGACAGCACUUUACCUUUGUACUGACAGACAUUGAAAGUAAACAGAGAUUUGGAUUCUGCAGACUCACGUCAGGAGGCACAAUUUGUUUAUGCAUCCUUAGUUACCUUCCCUGGUUUGAAGUGUAUUACAAGCUUCUAAAUACUCUUGCAGAUUACUUGGCUAAGGAACUGGAAAAUGAUUUGAAUGAAACUCUCAAAUCACUGUAUAACCACCCAGUACCAAAGGCAAAUACUCCUGUAAAUUUGAGUGUGAACCAAGAGAUAUUUAUUGCCUGUGAGCAAGUUCUGAAAGAUCAGCCUGCUCUAAUACCGCAUUCCUACUUCAUUGCUCCUGAUGUAACUGGACUCCCAACAAUACCUGAGAGUAGAAAUCUUACAGAAUAUUUUGUUGCCGUGGAUGUGAACAACAUGCUGCAGCUGUAUGCCAGUAUGCUGCAUGAAAGGCGCAUCGUGAUUACCUCGAGCAAAUUAAGCACUUUAACUGCCUGUAUCCAUGGAUCAGCUGCUCUUCUAUACCCAAUGUAUUGGCAACACAUAUACAUCCCAGUGCUUCCUCCACACCUGCUGGACUACUGCUGUGCCCCAAUGCCAUACCUGAUUGGAAUACACUCCAGCCUCAUAGAGAGAGUGAAAAAUAAAUCAUUGGAAGAUGUUGUUAUGUUAAAUGUUGAUACAAACACAUUAGAAUCACCAUUUAGUGACUUGAACAACCUACCAAGUGAUGUGGUCUCGGCCUUGAAAAAUAAACUGAAGAAGCAGUCUACAGCUACGGGUGAUGGAGUAGCUAGGGCCUUUCUUAGAGCACAGGCUGCUUUGUUUGGAUCCUACAGAGAUGCACUGAGAUACAAACCUGGUGAGCCCAUCACUUUCUGUGAGGAGAGUUUUGUAAAGCACCGCUCAAGCGUGAUGAAACAGUUCCUGGAAACUGCAGUUAACCUCCAGCUUUUUAAGCAGUUUAUCGAUGGUCGACUGGCAAAACUAAAUGCAGGAAGGGGUUUCUCUGAUGUAUUUGAAGAAGAGAUCACUUCAGGUGGCUUUUGUGGAGGGAACCCGAGGUCAUAUCAACAAUGGGUUCAUACAGUCAAGAAAGGAGGUGCACUAUUCAACACAGCAAUGACCAAAGCAACCCCUGCUGUACGGACAGCAUAUAAAUUUGCAAAAAAUCAUGCAAAGCUGGGACUAAAGGAAGUGAAGAGUAAACUAAAACACAAGGAAAAUGAUGAAGAUUAUGGAACCUGUUCUAGUUCUGUACAAUAUACACCAGUUUACAAAUUACACAAUGAAAAGGGAGGAAACUCAGAAAAGCGUAAGCUUGCUCAGGCACGCUUAAAAAGGCCUCUUAAGAGCCUUGACGGUGCUCUCUAUGAUGAUGAUGAUGAUGAUGAUGAUGAUGAUAUUGAAAGAGCAAGCAAGUUAUCUUCUGAAGAUGGUGAAGAAGCUUCUGCUUAUCUUUAUGAGAGUGAUGACUCUGUUGAAACAAGAGUGAAGACUCCUUACUCAGGUGAAAUGGACUUACUAGGAGAGAUUCUUGAUACAUUGAGCACACACAGCUCAGAUCAGGGGAAGCUGGCAGCUGCAAAGAGCUUGGAUUUCUUUAGAUCAAUGGAUGACAUUGAUUAUAAACCUACGAAUAAAUCUAAUGCUCCUAGUGAGAAUAACCUGGCUUUCCUCUGCAGUGGUUCUGGUGACCAACCAGAGUGGAAUCUUGGACAAGAUGAUAGUGCCCUCCAUGGCAAACACCUCCCUCCAUCUCCCAGGAAGCGGGUUUCCUCUAGUGGUUUGACAGAUUCUCUGUUUAUCCUGAAAGAAGAAAACAGUGAGAAGCACCUCAGUGCUGACAAUGUGAGUGACCCUGCUUCAGGAUUGGAUUUCCAACUCACUUCCCCUGAAGUUUCCCAGACUGAUAAAGGAAAAAGAGAAAACAGGGAAACGCUAACCCAGAUUUCAGAUGAUCUGCUUAUACCUGGUCUUGGGCGGCAUUCAUCGACUUUUGUUCCUUGGGAGAAAGAAGGGAAAGAAGCCAAAGAAACUUCAGAAGAUAUUGGACUGCUCCAUGAAGUAGUAUCAUUAUGUCAUAUGACAUCUGACUUCCAACAAAGCUUGAACAUUUCAGACAAAAACACAAAUGGAAACCAAGCUUAAAUCUUGCAUCCAAGCUUCUAUGGAGACAUUCUGAGAUUCAAUGCAAUCUGUAUCAUAAACAGAAUGAUUUGUAGGAAUGGCAACUCUUACUAUUUAAUUUUUUUUUUUUUUGCAUUUGGAACACUUUCCUCACUUGUUCAUUUUGAGGAUAUAUGAAAUGCAUUGAUUUUUAAAUAUAAAGCGAAUUCUACUGUGCUUUUAAAUCAGGUACUAGUGUGUAUGUAUGUUAAAAGUAUGUAUUGAACGUAAGAUUUCCCAGUGUUUGGUGCUUAAUGCCGUUCAUUUUAUUUAAACUAAGUAUGCAUAUAUAACCCAUGCACAUAACCAGUAGCUACUAUACUAAUCUGGUUGAGCAUGAACUCAUCAAGAUAUCAAAACUUAUCAAAACUAGCCUGAAACUGAUGAAACUGUUAACCCACUAAUUGCCUUAAUCUUAAAGCUGUAUUAAGCAUACUUAAAUAAUGUAUGAAAGUGUGUGUAAAGUUUGAAAGAUAAGUUAUUAGUGUUCUGCAGAGCAAUAAUGCCUUUUUCUGUUCAUCAAAUCAAGGUCAAAAUUCAUCUUUUCAAGAUUAAAAAGCUCUUAUGGAAAUACUUAAUUUGCUUAUAAAAGCACUGUAGCUGUGUUUUCCAAUAAGUAUAAAAGUAUACAUUUACCUUUCAUUCAGUGAAAUAUAGGAAGUACUGAAUUUCAAUGUGAAGUUAAUGACUUCUGUUUACAAAUGAGACACUCUAACAAGUUCUCACAGUCUCUCUGUAUGCCUUUGCUAUUUAGGGGCCCACCCCAAGAAAGCCAAAUACAACAUAAACUGUCCUGACCAAAAAAAAAAAAAAUCUUUUUUAACUAAUAAUUCUCUAUCAAAAUGCUUGAUAUCAUCAUCUCAAAUUUAGUUUUUAAAAUAAUUGACUUUGUAUUUUAGAAGUUUUAGAUUUACAGAAAAAUUGCAAAGAUAGUACAGAGAGUUCCCAUCUACCCCUGUUAUUAACAUCUUACGCUACUAUGGUACAUUUGCCCCAAUUAAUGAACCAAUAUUGAUAGUCCAUACUUUAUUCAAAUUUUCUUAGUUUUCUCCUAAUAUCCAUUUUCCACAUCAAGAUCCUGUUCAGAAUUCCACAUUAUAUUGAGUUGGAAUGUCUCCUUAGGCUCCUCUUGCCUGUGACAGUUUCUUAGACUUUGCUUAUUUUUGAUAACAUUGACAGCUUUGAAGAGUACUGUCAGAUAAAUUGUAGCUUGCUCCUCUCUUGGAGUUUAUUGGAUAUUUUUUUCAUGAUUAGACUGGGAUUAUGGGUUUUGAGGAGAUGAUCACAGAAGUAAAGUGCCAUUUUCAUCAGGUCAUAUCAAGGAUAUGUACUGUCAACAUGAUGUGUGAAUGCUGACUCGGAGCUUGAUAACCUGGCUGAGGUGGUAGCGUUUGUCACUCUAAAGUUCUUCCUGCCCUUUCCAUGCUGUCGUUUUUGAAGGAAGUCACUACAUGCAGGAGUGAGGAGUCAUAAUUCCCGUUCUUUAGGGCAGAGAAGUAUCUACAUAAAUUAUUGGGAAUUCUGUAUAGAAAAUUUGUUUCUUCUUUCUCAGAUUCACUGUUGAGCUUUGGAAUUCGUCUGAGAAGGAAUCAUGUACUGAUGACUUCAUGAUAGACUGGAUUAACAGGUAGAAUCAGGGAGAAAAGCAGUGACAGUAUGGUUAAAUUGUUAUUAGCAUUUUCAGUAUAUCGACUCUAUACAUGAUUUUUUUUACAUUUCUUUUUAGAAAAUAUGUUCAAGAAAUCAUUACAACAUUACAAAAACAAAAUACUUUCAAGAAACCAUUAAAGAACCCCAAUAAGACUAUAUUCUAAAUAUUUAUUGAAAGAAUAUAAUUUCAGUUAAAAUCCAAGAAGAGGGUUUGAAAUAAUUUAAAGAAAAUGACCAAGUUUCUUUAAAACCUAUGUUUCAAAAUCUAAAUGGAUAUGUGUUAUUUGGGACACUUAUUCAUUAUGAAUAAGAAGACAAGUCUUGUUUCCCUUAUAAGUAUGGACUGUAUACAUUAAGGAAAACAAUGUUUAAUCCUUAUUUUUUAAUACAAAAGGCUGAAGGUUCUUGUCAAAUGUUGCCUUUAUAAGCUUAUUACAAAAUUAUAACUUACUUUACUGAGGUUUAUAAUGGAAGAAGUCCAUAUAGCAAAAGAGCUGUUUUAAAUCAAGGAAAGAAGGUUACUCUGGUUGUUAAUGUGCUUGGCAAAUAUUCCUUCAUAAUUUGUGAAAAGAAUGCAAAUCAGCCUUUUAAUAUGAAUUUUGAAAUGAGGUACAGUUUCUUGUUUUGUUUUUUCAGAACUCAGUCUGAAGAAUAAGUGUAGCAUAGGUCAAAUUUGGUUUUUAGUCCAUUUGCUUAAUCGACAUCAUGGCUUCAGAAAUCCAAAUUUUGUGCUACUUUUCAGCCACCUUUCAAGGUGUUUGGUUAUAAUACUGUGUUGUUUUGAGGAUAUUUAGCCACUCAUAAAUAAUUGUCUCAAGGUAUUUAAAAGUGAUUUGUGCCUUAUUUUGAUGCAAAAUUAGUGGUUUUAUUCUGUUUUAAAAGCAAAAGCAGAAAAAAAAAUUCUGCAUGUUAUUCUUAAAAUUAUCCAGAAUAAUACUACCAAAUAUUUGUAUUUCAAACCAGUUCAAAGUCUGCUCUUAAACUUAGACUUCCUAGUAUUAUGGUGGAUAUAGUGAGAAUGAAGUUAAAUUGGGGUGAGUUCCAAAAUAAAGGAAAGUGUUAUCUUAUAUUCUACAGUGCCCAUAUUUUCUAUAGUAACUAAACCAAAUAUUUGUAAGCUCCUCUGCUUUUUGAAAUUAUUUUUCAAAGAAGCAACAUCUGUUGUAUAACAGAAUUGUAUAAACUAAAAGACUUCUGGCGUUAGUACAUAGUCUUUAUCUGGCCUGUAAUAGAGUCAUGGUUCUUUCUGAAUCCCACUCUCACCUUUUUCUUUUUACCCUUACAUAUUGCAUCCGUGAUAUUUCAGGGGUAUAGAGAAAUAAUAGUAUUGGAAUUUAGGAGCUGUUUUUUUUAAGUGAAAAUAUUACUAAGUGGUAUAUUUUGAUGAUUAUCUACUUUAGCAUGUCUUAGAAAAGCAGCAAAAUAUAGCAUGAUUGUUUUUUCAGUUAAUUAAAAUUCAUUAAUAACAUGUUCAUUUAAAAACUAUUCAUUGCUUUUUGUACCAGUCAUAUGCAGGGUACAGUAACUGAGGAUGUGGGGAAUAAAAUAACUGACAUAGCCCCUGCUCUGAAGGAACAAAUUAAAAGGAAAAGGAAUUGCAAAUUUGUAUUAAAAUAAUGAUAAUAAUAUGCUUUGCCUGGAAGUUAUUAGCUGAGAUUCUAACAUACACAUACAAAGUAUUUUAAAAACAAAAACAAAAACAAAAAAAAACUAGCUGCUUAAUUUAAAGCAUGCUCUAAGUAUGAACCAUAGUAUCAUUUCUAAUUUCAUUAACUUUCUCAAUUAUUAUGCUAAGUAUAUUAUGCUGCUAAGAUACCCACAUUUAAAGGGCAGAUUCAGAGACUCCUUUAGAAACUGAGUGUCUUUGUUUAUCUUAUUAUCAGAUAACCAGGCAGCACAGGGCUCUCUAUAGUGGAAUGAUGCUCCUUUUCAAUACUUAGAGCCACUGUACUCAGUUUAGGAGUAACUGAAGGUGUGGAUGCAUGUUAAUGGGAAUCCAAUUUUUACUAUUUUUAUAUUAAUAACAGCAUUCUGUAGAAACAGUCCCUCCUAAAUAAAAACUGUGUGUGACUGCUGUUACUAGUGCUAUUCUAUGCGAAUAUCCUAAUAAUAGGAUUCAGGAAUUCUAAUGAAUUGUUUCUUAAUUAAGGUGAAGAAGUAGACUCCUAAUCAAGAGGAGAACACUGUGAAUGUCUCAUAAUCAAUAGACCUUCAUUCUCUGGUAUAAAAUUUGGAUUUUCAGGAAAAGAUUGAUUAUUUUCAUGAAUAAAUUUUCUUAUACGAAUUCCAUUUUGUUUGGCAUAAAAGACCCUGAAUCUUAAGAUAUUUGUAAAUCAGAAUAUUUAAGAAUGUGAAAUGAAUCCUCAAAUCUAGUUUCCUCCAAAGCACUUCUUAAUGUAGGAAAUAGUUUUUGCAAACCCUAUGUCAGUACUAAUGUCUUUCCUGAGUCAAGCCCAGUAAUACUGUUAGUGAAUGUUUCUUAAACCUUAUUUAAGAAGAGGCAGAGUGGUUUUGAGCAAGCCAGUUAACAUGAUUUGAUGAAGAAAUAAGGAAUUAUGUACAUUUAGACAGAAAAUUAUUUUAUUUUGAAAAUAAUAGGAUUUUGUGCAAUAAUUUUUCUUGCAUAAUUUAGUUCAUAUAAAUAUGUACAUCUGUUUUUCUGGCAGAUGCCUUAAGGUCAUGUUUUUUGGUAUUUGAGUAAAUCUGUAUGUAGCCAUGUUCUCAUUGAUUUUAGAAAAAAUAUAUUCUUUAUAUUGUUGCCAGGAGAAAUGUUUUUGUUUAUUUAAAAUUAUUAUGGAUAUUAUGUUAUUGUAUCAUAACUGCCUCAGCAACAAUAAAUAUGCAAUAAGAAAAUCCUGUACCUUAGAUUAGAUUGACAAUACUGUUACUUUAAAAGAAAUAUAUACGGUACAAAUUGCUGAUUCUACGUGUGUACAUUUUACAGAUACUCAGUUCUGCACCACCUAAAUCAAAAUGGCAUUUGUAUGCUGAUGACCACAUAUGUGGAUUGUAGUAUCCUUUGUGAUGCAUCUUUGAUAAGAUUUAUAAAGGGCAUUGCCAAUACUUUUUGACUGUGUAAAUUAAGUUAAUUUUUUGUAUGAUGUACAGUUUGUUUAACCUUAGAGCUUCUAUAGAUUUCUACUUUUAUUAUACUUGAAUGAGGCAGAAAAGCACUGUGGAAAAUCUGUAGCUCUGGAUGCAACAUGCAAACAUACCAAAAAAUAAUAAUAAAGCAAGGUACUGAAGAGCAAUGUUAACAGAAUGCUUUAUAUCCAGAAUGCUAUGUUUUUUUCAAGCCACAUUUUAGUUGAAUGGAGUAAAGUUAUACAAUAUUUUAUUUUAAAAUGUUGGAAAGUCACAAAUGAUUACCUCUUUGAUAUGAUGAACCUAUAAAUCUAUUCAUCUUUGUUAUUUCAUUUCUCAAAUGUGAGCCUUGUUGAGGUCCAUUAUCAAAUCUAGGCUUUGGUUGAUUAUAUGAUGUUUAGGACAAGGCAGAAUUUAAAAACUGCAUGUUUAGUGCAUCACAUGUCAAGUCACCAUCCUUCCGACAGUGUAACUUCCAUAAGGUUAUUUUGAGAACUAUUUAAUAAUUAUAUUGAAAAACUGGAUUUCUUGAGUCUGUUAUAGUUUGGUACUUAUAGCAGUGCCUAAAACAGCAACAAAUAUGAACUGCAUGAGUCCUACAACUUAAAAAGUCACAGGAGGGGUUGAAAAUAGAAGUUUUUCAAAGUUUAUUUCUCUUGCGUUAGAUGAAGAACUAUUUAAAGGGACUGAAAACCCUGAGCUUUUUCCUUGUCUUGGUAGCAGAUAUCUGUAAAAACCUACCCAGAAUUGUGAUUUACUUCAUUGUUCUUGCAUCCUUGAGGCUACAGUAUAAAUCAUCUCCAAACUUGACUACUAUUGGGAAGAUGUGUAUAAAAGCACCACUUUGGGAAUUUUUAAAAAAUAUGCAAAAAUAAAUAUUGAAUAAAAUCCACAUUACCAUAAAGCACCCAACAAUGCAGUUCUAAAAUAAAAUUGGUCACAAUUAAA